CCUGGAGACUCUGCAGCUCCGCAGCAUCCUCAUCAAAGCCAGCGGUGAAAAAGUUGCGCCUCCUCACUUCUCUCCGUCACUCCGCCGCUUCUUCUGCGGGUUUCAAACUUUCCUGCUGCUGGAUGGAUCCGUGAUGCGGACAAACGCGGAGAAGUGAACUUUUUCUCUCUCUGUCUCUCUCUGCUUCUUGUUUUGUGUCCAUGCUGAGGGGCGCGGACUCAUUUUGGGAAUACUUUCUUCUUUUUCUGCCAAAAACUCCGCUCCGUGCGCACCGUCCUGUAGAUGUGGAUUUCACGUUGUUGCAGCGGAUUUUCUGCACCGUUGUGUUUUUUCUUUCUUUUUUUCUUCCUCGCUGAGAGAGAGAAAAGAAAAGUUUGACUUGAACUAAAGCGAAGAGGGAAACGGGGCGGAGAGGUGUCCGGACACACUGCUCGGCCGGGACGAGAGGAGACUGGGGACAGUCCGGGGACGUCGGCCAUGGAGACUUCAGCGUCGAGAGCCGCCGAGAAAAAAGACAAAAUGGACGGGAACGCUUUCGGAGACCUCCCGAAGAAGCCCUCGCCCUCUGAGACAAGAGCCCCCCACCACAUCUUCCCAACCUUCCACACGCCGAUCCCGAUUGACAUGCGCCAUCACGAGGGACGAUAUCACUACGAGCCACACACUCUACACACCAUGCACGGCCCUGCGGGUUUGGCCGGCAGCCCCGUCAUCUCUGACAUCUCCCUGAUCCGCCUCUCGCCUGCUGCCGUAGCGACCGGCGACUCCCCGUUCAGCCCGCCUCAUCCCUACGUCAACCCUCACAUGGAGCACUACCUGCGCUCCGUGCACGGCAGCCCCACCCUGUCCAUGAUCUCAGCGGCCAGAGGACUCAGCCCAGCCGACCUGGCCCAUGAGCACCUGAAAGACCGCGGGCUGUUUGGACUUCCUCCCCCUCCUCCCGGGGCCAGUCCGGCAGAGUAUUACCACCUGAUGGCCAGCCACCGGAGCCCCUACGGCGAGCUGCUCAUGCAGGGGGCCGGGGCCACCGCGGGGGCCCACCUGACCGACUACAUCACCCCCAUCGACGUGUCUCGGUUCUCCAGCCCCAGACUGACGCCCAGGCUGAGCAGGAAGAGGGCUCUGUCCAUCUCGCCGCUGUCCGACGCCAGCAUCGACCUCCAGACGAUGAUCCGCACUUCUCCGAACUCGUUGGUGGCGUACAUCAACAACUCGCGCUCCAGCUCGGCCGCCAGCAGCUCCUAUGGACACCUGUCGGUCGGAGGGCUCAGCCCGUCCUUCCCCUUCCCUCAUCCCAUCAACCCCAUGGCCUACCAGCAGCUCCUGUCCCAGCAGCGGGGGCUCAGCGCCUUCGGACACACUCCUCCUCUCAUCCAGCCUCCGCCUGCCUUCUCCAGCCGCCAGCCGGGCCUCGGCCUCUCCUCCCUGCCCGCCUCUGCCCACAACAGCGACCUGACGUCCAAGAACCCCGGCAGCGACUCGGCCGUCAGCAGCACAGUUGACCCCAUGAUCACCAAAAGGUCAAAGGUGAAGAGCGAAGCAGAGGGACUGAGGCCUUCGUCUCCUUGCUCACCGAACCAUCAUGGCAGCCUGUUGGACCUGAAGGACGACGUGGACCGGGACGAAUGCAAACAGGAGCCCGAGGCCGUUUAUGAAACCAACUGCCACUGGGAGGGCUGCAGCAAGGAGUACGACACGCAGGACCAGCUGGUCCAUCACAUCAAUAAUGACCACAUCCACGGAGAGAAGAAGGAGUUUGUGUGCCGCUGGGAGGACUGUUCGCGGGAGCAGAAGCCCUUCAAAGCUCAAUACAUGCUGGUGGUUCACAUGCGCCGACACACAGGGGAGAAACCACACAAGUGCACGUUCGAGGGCUGCUCCAAGGCCUACUCCCGUCUGGAGAAUCUCAAAACCCAUCUGCGCUCACACACUGGCGAGAAACCCUACGUCUGUGAGCACGAAGGAUGCAACAAAGCCUUCUCCAACGCCUCGGACCGAGCCAAACACCAGAACCGGACGCACUCCAAUGAGAAACCUUACGUAUGUAAGAUCCCCGGCUGCACCAAGCGAUACACAGACCCCAGCUCUCUCAGGAAGCACGUGAAGACGGUCCAUGGCCCCGAAGCCCACGUCACCAAGAAGCAGCGCAGCGACCUGCCGCCCAGGCCGCCGGCACCCAGGGAGAACGGAGAGAACGAGACGGGGCCCAGAGAGAGAGUCCAGACGGAGGACAAGAUCUCUGACAACGGCUCCUCCAGAGGCGUGGGGGACUACCUGCAUGUCAAAUCCAUCAAGACAGAAAACUCUGUGAUGUAUCAGUCCAGCCCUGGCGGUCAGUCAUCAUGUAGCAGCGAACCAUCACCACUUGGCAGUGCCACCAACAAUGACAGUGGAGUAGAAAUGGCGGCGCACAGCGGGGGAAGCCUGGGGGACCUCAGCACCCUGGACGACCUGCCCUUUGUGGAGUCCUUGGGCUUUGAAGAUUCCACCGGUGGAGUCGCGGCGGUGGGUCUCCACUUCCGAAAGCAGCUCGGCACCAGCCAGCUCCUGGAGCAUCUGAAGAAGGAGAGGCUGAAGACGGUGAGGGACUCGUGUCGGUGGGCCAACAACCUAACACCCCCGGUCCUCGGCACCAAGCUCCCACCCAUACCAGCAAGCGGGUCCCUCCUGGAGAGUCCAAGUAUGGGUGGUGGUCUGGUCUCCUUCCCUGGUUCAGGAUUGGGUAAGCUGAGCUCUGGUAAAUCAACUCUGCUGGAAAACCUUUCAGAGCGCCGUGACAGCACCUCCAGCACCCUGAGCUCAGUUUACACCCUCAGCCGCCGCUCCUCGGGCAUCUCCCCCUGCUACUCCAGCCGGCGCUCCAGUCAGGCCUCGCAGUUUGGUGCCAACCGCCCCAGCAACGUCAGCUCUGCUGACUCUUAUGACCCCAUCUCUGCCGACAUCUCACGGCGCUCCAGUCAGGCCAGCCAGUGUGGAGGAAGCAGCGGAGGAGCAGGAGGAUGGGGAGGAGGAGGACUAGCCAGCCCCCUCAGCCUGACCCCAGCCCAGCACUACCGCCUCAAGGUGAAAUAUGCAGCUGCCACUGGGGGUGCACCACCCACCCCUCUUCCAUACAUGGAUCAAAUGUGUCUAAAGACCCACACAGCCCUGUACGGGGACCCCCAGAAAUCCUCCACCACCAACAAAGGCCUGUCUUCCAGGCAGUACAGCAGCUAUGCCACAAGGAGCCUGAUGCCCCAUGAGGUCCCGUCUAACAUCCCCCGCCGAGCCAGUGACCCUGUGAGACGGGUGACCUUAGACUCUCUCAGCCAGCCACAGAUGCAGCGCUACAACAGCAUGGGCACACUGACCAUGCAGCCCCAUCCACCUCCUGCAUCAGAUCGCCGUCAUUCAUCCCAGCAAGGCUGCCAGCGAUCAGAUGGCCUCCACCACUACCCCUACAGCCUGCGACCGCCCAGCAUCUCUGAAAAUGUCACCAUGGAGGAGAUGACGGGUGACAUUCCUGAGGAGGACCUGAUGCUGCCUGACUUCAACACUGACAACGGAGACGCAGCCUGCAGAGUGUCAACCAAUCAACAGGACUUCCAGCAGUCGUACUAUCAGAGAAGGAUGGCCAUGACCAACAUGAGCCCCAGCAUGAGUCCAGGGCAGCAACGACAGACGUGUCCAUCUUCACCGAGGGACAACAGGUCCAAUUUAUCUGUGACACUGGGACGUACAGACGUUGGCCAGCACUACUCCAAACUACAGGUCCGAGGGAACCUGGCUGUCCUCCAGCAAAACCAGAACUUUGGAUCUUUUUACAACAAUCUGGGCUCCAACCAGCAGAUGAUUCAAAACCAUGCUAACACAACACAGCAGAGAUGCAAACAGCUGAACACUGAACCAGGAGCAAACUGCAUCCAGCAACAGAGAUUCCAGCAGCCGUCAAAUCUCAACGAAGCCACUGGCUGUCAGUACAGGUUUGACGAAGGCAUCGGCCCCUAUGAUAAGAAUGGUAACACCACCUGUCCGACUUACACAGCAGCAGUGAACGGGAGCAUGCUGAGCCCCACCUGCAAACAGGAGCCAGUUAACAUGGAGAAUGUUGACAUGCACUUUGCUGAUGCUGGAUUUCAGCCUGUGCAGGUUAAAGUUGAGGACCGUGAGGGAUCUAUCAUGAUUUCAGGUCAGCAGAAUUGUAAUAUGACCUCCCAGAAUCCCUUGCAAACUGGCAGUCAGAGUCAUCUCCAGCCAAGACCACCAACAGAACCCAAAUCUCUAAACAGGCACCUGUCAGGGCCGAAGGUGAUGCAGCAAACACGGCGCCCAAAUAAUGCGAACCCAGAAUUAUCAAGUGGUGGAGUUUUAGGACUUCACUGCAGCAACAGCUCUGAUGACAAUGCCAUGUACUACACAGGGCAGAUUCAAGUAUUUGAGCCAAAUGGGAACAUGGACCAUCGUGUUUCUCCUGCAGUGAACGUCCCUCCUUUUGAAAAUGAUGCAGCGUCUCCCAGUUCAGGCGACAACCAGGCGUCCAGGACUGUAGACGCAGCACUGGAACAAGCGCAGAUAGACUUUGAUAGCAUGCUCGACGACGGGGAUCACUCCAGCCUGAUGUCAGGAACCCUGAGCCCAAGUCUGCUCCAGAAUUUGUCCCAGAGUUCCUCUCGCCUGACGACACCCAGGAACUCGGUCACGCUGCCCACGGUGCCAGCGGGGACCGGAAACAUGGCCAUUGGGGACAUGAGUUCGCUGCUGACUGCUUUGGCAGAGGAGAGCAAGUUCCUCAACUUGAUGUCUUAGCCACAUGUCAUAGAAAAUUUUUGCAGAAGUCUUGAACUCCUUAUGCACAAUAAACAUUCAUCCACAGACUUAAAAUUGAUGUGACUAUGUGCCAAAAAGCCUCUGCAGUGUGUGGCUCUUUUCUUUGUUUUCUUGUACAGUCUCAUUUGAUGAUUAUUUAAAAUGGCAAUUUUCUAUCUUUUUUAAAAGCCAUAUUUUUUGUUUUUUGCCUUAGGUAGUAAAUAUUAUGUAAACAACAGGUCUGCAGUAAAAUCAGUUUACUAAGUGCCUGGCUCAGCCGAAACAUCACUACAUUUAAAACGUGUAAACAACCAGGUAAUUAUCUGACACGUAUCAUCGUCACCAACAUGUUUAAAACGUUUUACACUGUAAAUUACUUGAGGUCAACUUUAUUUUAUCACGUUGCUCAUUUCUGCUUGAGGAGAAAACUGUUUCUCCAUCACCACAGCAUUUCAAGUUUACAGUCACUGUCCUCAGCGAGCCAUUAUUUGAUUGCUGCAUUGCUGCUGAGAUUAACUGUGACAUCUCAGUGUCAGGCAUCACAGACUUGAUAUGUGACUGGAAUUAUGAACUCAUGCGUUGAAGAAAAAAACCGGCAGAGCUCUUUCAGCGAGAACAGAGGACUUCAGUGAGUAGCAUCUGAGGAGAGAAUCAAACUUUUUCCUUUUGUACAUUGUUGCACCAGUUUGUUGUGCUGGUUAAAUGUAAAUAUCAUUUGUACAUUUUUUUUUAAAUACAAUAUUGAUUUUUUUA